AUGCAGACUCAAAUGUGCCCCGACGAUAUGGCCUGGGAACAAGCUGAGGAAACGUCUGACAAGUGGCUUGUUCAAUUUCUUGAAGUUGACACCCUGAGACCGAUUGCUGAUUUCAUCCUCAAUCACAACAGAGGCGCUGCUACCGAGUUUGCCAUACUCAGAAAGGGUUCAUAUAAUAUAUCCUUGCGGUUAAAGUACCGAAAUGGUGCCACCGUGAUCCGGCUAUCGCAGCCCGGUGCUGUCCUUUUCCCCGAGGAAAAAGUCGUGAAUGAGGUUGCUGUCAUGCGGUUCCUCGCCGACCAAACAUCAAUACCUGUUCCUUUUAUUCUUCACUCGGGCACAAAGGAAGAGAGUCCCCUCGGUCUCAGCCCAUUUAUUAUUAUGGAUUAUAUUGACCACGAGACGAAAAUGUACGACGCUCUUAACACACCGGGAUGUCCGAAAGGGCAACGUGGAAUCUUGGACCCGGAGAUCGACGAAGAUAGGCUUGAAAUGCUGUAUGGGCAGCUGGCAGGGAUACUGCUUCAACUCUCUCUCCUCUCUUUUCCUCGCAUAGGAUCCCUUAGCCAAACCGAUGACUUCACCUGGGAAGUAGCACGUCGGCCUUUAUCAAUGAAUAUGAAUGAACUUGUUCGACUAGGAGGACUGCCGCGGUCGAAACUGCCUGACCUACAUACAACAUUCGACACAUCUUCGUCAUAUAUCGAAACGCUUGCAGAACUCAAUAUCAAUCAUUUAGUUCAUCAGAGAAAUGACUCUGUGCAGUCUGCAGACGACUGUCGGCGGAAAUUUGUGGCGCGGCAGCUCUUUCGCAAGCUCGCCAGGGAUAAGAGACUCACAAACCCGUUACUCGAAAAAGGGCCUUUCAAACUUUGGUGUGAUGAUUUAAGGCCCGCUAAUGUACUACUCAAGGAGGAUAUGCAUAUUGCCGGCGUGGUGGAUUGGGAGUUCACAUACGCAGCGCCCACUGAAUUCUCUUAUGCGCCGCCUUGGUGGCUGCUCAUUGAGAAGCCCGAGGACUGGCCAAAGGGCCUCGAUGACUGGACGAGAUCGUUCGAUGCUCGUCUAAAGACGUUCCUCAAAACGAUGAAGAAUUGUGAAGAUAUAGCAAUCCAACAGGGUCGGUUGCGAGAAGAUCAGCGACUCUCCGGUCCUAUGAAUGACAGCUGGGAGAGUGGAGACUUCUGGAUUAUGUACGCAGCGUUGCACAGCUUUGCUUUUGAUGAUAUAUAUUGGCAGAAGAUCGACUCGCGAUUUUUUGGACCCACCGAAAAUACAGAGGACGCCUGGAAGGAACGCCUUGGUCUGUUGGAUGAGGGACAAAAGGAUGAGAUGGAACUACUUGUAGCUCGCAAGCUGCAAGAGAUGAAUACCAGAGUUUUAUCGUGGGACCCGGAUGAAUAUACAUUGGCUUUCCACCAACAAUUGAAGAGCCAGGAGGAAAAGGCGAACGAAGAAAAGGGAAAGCGCGAGCAAUAG